AUGCUGAUUUUCUAUACGAAAUUCGCGUUUCUCUUUUGGUUUUUUGUGGGAAGCAAUCAAGGUGAAAUACUGAUAAUGGACCAAAUCUCCUAUGACGAAUUGCUGCUCACUGUGACCGCAUGUACCCAGAACUGCCUGGAAAAGGGCAAGAUGGACUUUCAAGGCUGCUACCAGGACUGCAGGGUCAAUGGGACAUCUCCAGUAACUCUACGCAAAGUACAGGAUAACUAUCUGCUGAAUAUGUUGUGUCGCACGGAGUCAGAGAUUGUUUUCCACAUAGAUUGGGUGCAGCACAGAGGGGGAAAUGAGUCAGCUCCAAAUGCCACUUACAUAAUCCGGGUGGAUGCUGUGAAAGAGGAAAUUCCAGAGACCAGACUUUUCUUGUCGGAUGAAAACUUUCUGAUCCUCCCUGGCUUGGAGUCCAACUGCAGCCACAAUGUCACCGCGCUGGCGAUGCACGGGGAUGGGAGCUACUCCCUGAUAGCCAAGGACCAGACCUUCGCCACCCUAAUCCGAGGUUACCAACCCAGCAAAAUGGGACUCGUGAAGCUGAUGCGAUUUGUCCCCCAAUCGGGUGAGCUGUAUCGCGUUGCUGCCGAGAUCGAGUGGGAGCCAUCGGCGGAACAAAACUGCUACUUCGAUAUGGUGUCCCUGCCAACCCACAGCGUGAAUAUGGACGAGCCGCGGGUGGAACAGUUCCGGGAUCGAAAGAAGCUUUACAAGCACACGGUGGACAACUUAGAGUUCGACCAACACUAUCAAGUGGGCGUGCGAACUGUGAAUAUAAUGAACAAACUUGAAAGCAAUCUGAGUUGGUUGGCAGUCAUGGCUCCAAGCUGUUUAGAAUGGUAUCCCUUCAACUACACACUCUGCCCUCCUCUUAAACCGGAUAAUCUUAGUGUGGCUCAGGAGCAGUAUUUGCCUAACACCUUAGCUCUGAAUAUUUCCUGGUCGCGACCCAGUCACCUGCCAGAUAACUACACACUCCACAUCUACGAUCUGUUUCAUGGCGGUAAGGAUAUCAACUUUACGCUUGACCAAAACAGGAGCCACUUCUUUGUACCCAAGAUCACGGUACUGGGUUCCCAUUUUGAAGUCCAUUUGGUGGCACAAUCGGCAGGAGGCAGAAAUGCCUCUGGUUUGACCCUGGAGAAAGUACCGCGGGAUGUCUGGCUGAUUGAGGGCAACCUGGUCAAGCUGAUACUCUUCAUAAUCGUACCCAUUGGAUGCAUUUUGAUGCUGUGCUGCCUGACCUUCUGCAGACGGAAUGUUCAGGCCUUGAAAAUGGAGGCCAAGAAUGCGAAGGCCGCCGAGUUCCACCUCUCGAUGAUGGACAGCAGUGGCCUAAUGGUCACCCUGUCCGCCAACGAAAGUCUGGACACACUGGACGAGCUGGAGGUGGAGCCCCAUUCGGUGCUUCUACAAGAAGUCCUUGGCGAGGGGGCCUUCGGCUUGGUGCGGCGCGGAGUCUACGAGAAGCGCCAGGUGGCAGUGAAGUUGUUAAAAGAUGAACCCAAUGAUGAGGAUGUGUAUGCGUUUAAAUGCGAAAUUCAGAUGCUUAAAGCCGUGGGCAAACACCCAAAUAUAGUGGGUAUCGUAGGAUACUCAACUCGUUUUAGCCACCAGAUGAUGCUGCUCAUUGAAUACUGUAGUCUGGGUAGCCUGCAGAACUUCUUACGUGAGGAGUGGAAGUUCCGGCAGGAGCAGAAUGCCAUUGGCCUUAAGAAGAACCUUGAGGAGAAUGUGGACAAGAGACGCUUCCCCAUCCGUAAUUCCAUUCAUGACCGCAUAGAAGAUAUCAACCGCUCGAUGUUAUCCACUGUGGAGGAGGAGAGUGAAGCGGAUCAGACCCAUACGAGCAGUCGCGUGGAGACCUACACCCUCACCCGGAUCACAAAUGCAGCAGACAACCAGGGUUACGGACUGGGGGAUAUUGAAAACAUCGGGGGUAGUGAUAUUCCAAAAGUCUCAAAAACUCCAGAAGAUCCAACAAAACAGAAACUAGAACCAGAGCUCAAGAAAGAGCCAAAGCAGAAAUUACAGUUCGAGAGCAAGAAACGUACCUUUGAGAACAAGGAAUACUUUGAUUGCCUCGACUCAUCGGAUUCAAAACCAAGAAUACCUCUAAAAAACGCAGAUCUCUUGGACAUUGCCCAACAGGUGGCUGUUGGAAUGGAGUUUCUGGCCCAAAAAAAAGUAGUGCAUCGUGAUCUGGCUGCCCGCAAUGUGCUGAUCUCCCUAGAUCGCAGCAUUAAGAUUGCAGAUUUUGGGCUGAGUCGAGAUGUGUAUCACGAGAAUGUGUACCGAAAGUCCGGAGGAAGUGGCAAGCUGCCUAUUAAGUGGUUGGCUUUGGAAUCUCUUACCCACCAGGUGUACACCAGUCAGAGCGAUGUCUGGUCCUUUGGAGUGCUGCUCUAUGAGAUCACCACGCUGGGCGGAAUGCCGUAUCCAUCAGUGUCGCCCGGUGAUCUCCUCCAGCUUCUCCGACAAGGACACCGGAUGAAGCGACCCGAGGGCUGCACACAUGAAAUGUUUUCUCUGAUGGAAAGUUGCUGGAGUUCCGUGCCCUCACACAGACCCACAUUUUCCGGCCUUAAAGAAAGACUGGGAACCAUGAUAGCGGCCACAAACGAUGUGCCAGAAAGGCUGAAACAACUGCAGGCUGCCACUGAAUCUAAAUUAAAGUCCUGUGAGAUCCUACAAAAUAAAGUGGAACCAUUGCCCUGCGAGGAAGAGCCAUACUUAGAGCCCUUGAAUUAAUCUCCAUUAGUUUUAGCAUAUGAAGAAUGAGUGCAAUACAAGAUUGUUGAAGAACCACUUUUGUUCUCGAAUUAUAUAUAAAUUCUUCCAAUUCAGACAACGCUGAUAAGCAGAUACAUAACUCUAAAAGAGAAUAAAAUUUAAGAUAGACUAAGGAAA